AUGGAGUCUCUCCCUCUCCACCACCUCACUGUCCACGCCCACUGGGCCACCGUGAACCGGUUAUACACCCUCUUCCACCUCCUCCUCCUCGCCUCUUGGAUUUACUUCCGAUUGUCUGAUCCAACCUCUCUCGCACUCCCACCACCCGUUUUCUCUGCCGUCUUUUCCGCCGAGCUGAUUCUCUCUUUCCUCUGGCUACUCAAACAGGCGUUCUUCUGGCGUCCGGUUUCCCGUGAAGCUUUUCCGACAAGGCUGCCGGCAGAUGAGGAGCUGCCGGCAGUGGACGUGUUCAUUUGCACGGCGGACCCGAGGAGGGAACCGCCAGUGGGGGUGAUGAACACGGUGGUGUCGGCGUCGGGCCUCGACUACCCACCGGAGAAGCUCACGGUGUAUCUUUCCGACGACGGGGGUUCUUCUCUAACGUUGAAGGCCUUCAAGGAGGCUUGGGGUUUUGCGAGGUGGUGGGUUCCGUUCUGCAAGAACGGGACUGCGUGCCCGGGAGCUUAUUUUUGCGGCUCAAGAAGUGUCGGUGGUGGGCAGGAAUUGGCCGACGAAAUAGCGGAGAUUGAGGUUUGCUUAAUUUGA